AUGCUGAACGUAGCCGAUGAUGACUCAAUCGCCUCUGUUAUGAAGACCAUUAGCAAUGAUUUUGGGGCGAUCGCUAUUUUGGUUAACAAUGCAGGUUUCAUUGAUACUGAUAUGACAAAAGCGUUAUCAGAAGAGCAAUGUAACGCCAUGUUAGCGGGCAUUCCUUUAGGAAGAUUGGGUGAGCCUGAAGAUAUUGCAAAUACUGUUUUGUUCCUCG